AUGGGGGAGAAAGAUGACGAACACAGGCAAAACAUACAGGAAAAUGAGAAGGAAAACGAUUCAAAACCGAAUAGGGAAGAACAGUCGCUAGACGACUUUAGAAAGGAUGGAGAAGAAGAAAUGACCAGUUUCGAAAAAGAACUCAUAAGCACACAUAACGAACGAAGGAGAAUGAAUAGGUCGACUGUCCAAAAGCAGUCAACAUUAGUUGGGGAGACAAUCGAUUUAGAAGAGAGCGAGAACGACGAGGAAGAUAUAGGAGAGGAAAAAUCGCAGGAGGAUACAGAAGAAAUGGAGGAAGGAUGGCGAAAUGCCCUUCAAGAGAGUGUGCUAUCCAUCGUCUUGCUUGAAGAAGAAAGAGAUGGGGGGAGCAUAAACACAAAAAAAAGAAAGGGGGAUAGCAUAGAGAGGAUAAAUGACCUCAAGAGGGAAGGACUAGAGAAAAGUAUAAAAUUCCCGAACGAAACCAGAAAAGAAAAAAUAAACAGAAAAUUGCAGGAACUAUUCGAGAAAGUAAGCGAUAAACUCGGGGAGGGAAUGGAUACCGAAAUAAGAAAACUGUUUGGGAUUAUAAAAUCUACCAACAAUAAAAUAGACGACAGUAUAGACGAAAUCAACAAAACCCAUGGAGACACCAAAUGUGAACAAUGUAAACUAAAAGUAGAAAGAAAAAAACAGAAAGAAGAACAAGAAAGAAUUACAAAGGCAUUACAUAUGGGGGGAGGGAAAAUAAUUUUCCUAAGCAUAUGCGAUAGUAAAUGGGAGGAAAAGGUAUUUACGAAAACAAAAUGGGAACAAGGGGGCUACUGA